AUGAGAUCGAACGGCGAAACCGCGGCUCAAUGUCCGACCGCAGCCCAAGAAUACUUAAAUGAAGCUACAUUUAUUCAGGCCUUAGUGCUCUGCUCCGGCAUGGCUUCUCGCUCCAUCGCGAUUGGGACACUUGUCCUGUUUACCAACAUAUGUUGGUCCUUCAAGCUGUCGGAUGCGCCAAUCAACGCGAGCAACUCCAGCAACGCCACCGUGAACGCCAAAGUGGAGGAUAUGAUCUCCGAGAACUUUCAGCACGACGUGAAGGACAUCAAGUCCAUCCCUGAGCCCAAGGUGACAGGCGGAGAUGAUGGAGCCGGAGAGCUGGGAAAGAGCCUGGAGUUCUUGAUGCUCAAGGUCGCCCAGCUGGAGACGCUCGCGGAACUGCAGCAGGUGGAGAUCGCGUCUUUGCAAAAGACGGUGAAGGAGCAUUUGGGUGUGGACAAGCCUUCGAUGGUGCAGCUGCACGAGGCUCAGGUGAUUGUGAAGCGCGUGGUGGAGAAACAUCAGCGCCAGCGCGCGACAAGGGAGUUCCACUCCGCCAAAGACUCGGUUUCCUCAGCUGACAAGGCUGAAAAGGCGGACAAGACGGACAAGGCGGAGAGGGCGGCGUUGUUGCAACGCCAACGUGGAGAGGAGAGGGCAGACCUGUCGUCGUUGGACGACAGCGUGGCUGGCAAGGUGAUUCAAGCAGUGACAGGACCUGUGGUGGACACGCUCGAGGGCGCUGCCGGACACAUCACGGACGGUACGGGGCUGGUGGGCAAUGCUCUGGGCGAGGCCUACACCCAUGCCGCAGACAAGGUGGACUUCGUGGCGAGGACGGCCAUCAACACGGUGGAGAUGGCCGUGGAAAUCCUCGCGCGGGGCUUCUCCGACUGGAGUGCCAGGUGUGACAUCACCCACCCCACUGUCGGAGUUUCCACCCAUGCGCUUGACGUGAACUUCGGCAGGCAGAGGUGCACUGUGAGCCUGAUGGGUCAGGGGCUCACGCUGUUCGACUUCAACUUCGGGACCAAACGCGCGACGUUCCCCUCGGAGAGCGUGCUGCGUUCCGAGAUCUCCACUGGGAGCGUGUUGCUCUACAGCCGUACCGUGCGGCUCGUCAAGCGCUUUGGUGGCUACGCUCCCUGGGACCAUAACAGCCUCCGCACCGGCUUUCAGACGUGGCGCAGCCCGGCUGGGCUGGCCAAGGGCGAGAGCAGGCAUGCCUUCGACACCAUGAGGAGGACGUCGCUCUUGGAGACCAAUCGCAGCGAGGAGAGCGAAGAAACUGAGGCAGAGGGCGAGUUCGAGUGGCAGACGGAUGUGGAGGAUCUGUACUUGGCCUCCGUCGACUACGGCCACCGCUUUGCCGCCAACAAGACCUCCGAGCUCCGUGGCGAGGCGGCGGCACGGCGGCUCAGUGAGAUGGCCACGAAGGCGGAUUCCGCAACGGAGCUGUUUGGCUUCUCCAAGCAGGGGAUGAUGAACCUGCAGGUCAAAGGCUUGCUGGAUGGCACCUCUCUGCAGCUGGACAUCCAGAUGGGCCUGGGGCCCUUCCAGAGCCAAGGGCGACGGAUCCCUCUGCUGGACCUCCGGCAGCAGCUGGAGGCGGUGCUGCAGGGUCUGCCCUUCGUCUCGCAGGGCAGCAGGGAUAAGGCCCUUGGCACGCUGAACCACUUCGCAGUGGUGGACACCAAAAGCUCCGAAGGCCUCAGGCUGAGGCUUGGAUCCACGGUGGCUCUGCACAGCACGGUGCACAACCGCUUCGUGGUGAUGAACCAUCACAACAUGUUUGGCGGCGGCCACAGAAAUCCCGAUCCGCUUCCACGCUCGAUGACCUGGGAGCGGUUCACGGUGGUGGACGCCGGGAACGGGCAGAUCGCGUUGCACAGCGCGCGUUGGAACCGCUUCGCGAAGACGGGGGGAGGCGUGAGCCCAGUUCAGGCGGCCAGCAGGCUCCCGCCCGCGCACGAGUGGGGGGCCGAACGCUUUACCGUGGUGGUGGAUGCGGCCAGGUCACAAAUCGCCUUGCACAGCAACAACGCCUUCCUUCAAAUGACCCCAGACGGCAAAGUGCAGAACACCGGGCACAUGGAUAUAAACCAUCUUCCGGAUUCGCACACCUGGGAGAGGUUCCGUGUGUUGCAAGUGGAAGCCUAUUUGCAGCCGGGUGACACGGUGGCUUUGCACUGCGCAGUCCACAAUCGAUUUCUCCGCAUGAAUGCCAACGGGAUCAUGGACCGCAGUGACGCGCUAAACUGGAACGCCCUUAACGGAGGCUACACGUGGGAGCGGUUUACAGUUGUGGACGGUCAGGACGGCCAGGUGGCUCUUCACUCCGCUGUCCACAAUCGUUUCGUGAAGAUGGAUGGCGGUCACAUGUCCGGAAGCGCCCACAAGGCGGCCGAUGCUCUACCCCCGAAAAACGAAUGGACUUACGAGCGGUUUGCGGUGGUACCGGCCAUGCAUGGCGAUGAGAACGUCAUCGCCCUGCACAGCACGUUCCACAACCGCUUCAUCGCGAUGACUUGGGACGGGGUCACGGCGCAUGCCAUGAACGCCCAUGAACUUCCCGACGGCGCGACCUGGGAGAGGUUCCGCGUGGUGAAGCUCUGAUUCGCCAGGCGCCAGGCUGUGCAAAGCACAUACGGGACAAGGGCGGCGCACGAGACCGCAGGC